GGGAGCUCUAAGAGCCUCUGCCUCUGCCUGCCAUCGUGUCUCCCAGCAAAACGACGCUCAGCAGCAGCAGCAGCAGCAGCGGAGGAGCAGGAGGAGAAGGACAGACGAGCGCAUCACAAAGUUUGAGGCUGCAGCUGUUCGGACACCGCGGACACACGUACGGGAAACCUCAUUAGGUGGCGAGUUAAAAGAAACUGCUGUCACUCACCGGUUGCUCAGCUUAACUAGUAACAUCUGAUGACGCCACGUCUGGUAAAGGCCCUCUGUCAUGUCUGCUGAAGAACAGCCCCAUAAACAGAUUCUGCGUUCAACAGACUGAAGAUCAAACUGGAUGAAGCCACUUUUCAUUUAUGGCAGUUUAACAAACACAAACUCACUCUCUCAGAACCUUCUAACUCAUUCUCUACCACUUGCUGCUGCUCUGCUUGUCAAGAGAGGCAGUUUUUGGGAGAGAUCAUCCCAACUUAUUUGUACACUCUGACCCACUUAUCACGCUCCUGUAAGCAAAAGGGAAAACGUUGCAUUAAGCAGGCAACAUCAGCAAAAGUGAUGCACUGUUAUUCGGGGCCAUUGAUCCACUGACCUCCUGAUUUAACACGCACACACACAAGACACACACCUGCUGUUGCUGGCCUCUGCACAUGCUUUAAAUAGCCUUGUGUUUGUAAAACUUGGGUCUAGCUCACACACUUAAAACAGCUAUACCCAAUUGGGUGUUAGAAGUCCAUCUGCACACUAUUAACUCCCAUAGAGAACACUGACCUUGACUGCGAUCCGACACGUGUUUGUGUGUUUGCAUUAGCAGGAGGCAAUGCCGCGUCCUGUCUGCUCUGAUUGAGAGUGAGAAUGAGAGAGCUGAUGUGGCAGAGUGGCCUGAUAAAUACUCAAAAAACAUUAUGCCCUGAGGGUCGGCCACUCAAAUAAGAAAGCCAUAGAGCUUCAUUACACUGUUGAGUCAGUUCCUCAAAAUACGUGACACUAAAACAUAGUCCAUAUUAAUUGAAAAGUGUGUGUGCGUAUGCAUGUAUGUCUGUCACAUUGUCAGAGCAGAUUAGGGCCAGGCUUUUCUGGGUCAUGUCACUUUGAUCGUUGGACAAAUACAUCACUCUCUGACCUGGAGAUUGCGCUGCAGUCUCACUUGUUAACUACCUGCUUUUUCUUUAGGCCACAUGCCCUUCACCCAACAAACAGGGUCUAUAAUAUAAAACUUGUAAACCACCAUCUUAUCAGGCCUCGUUAAUCAAACUCCCAAUCUCCGGUUUGGCCUUUCCUUCUGUGCAACUCCUCAUGAACACCUUCCCUUCCUUCUCCACACCUCCUCCAAAUACACCCAUCCAGUCAGCUUGUAAGCCCUGUUUUCGGGCCCCGUGGAGGAUGAACGAUGUGCCCACACUUGACUACGAGUUGCUGCUGUCCCCGGCCAGCUCCUCACUCCCCGGCGGUCCUGGCGGUGGCAGCAGCAGCCCCCCUCUGACCUUGAUCGGGGUGGACAAUGAGCAGCGCACUGCCUUGGCCUUCGUAGGCCUCCUCAUGCUCUUCCUGGUCUUCCUGCUGGUCAGGUGCUUCAGGAUCCUGCUGGACCCCUACAGCCGCAUGCCUGCAUCAUCCUGGACUGACCACAAGGAGGGGCUGGAGAGGGGCCAGUUUGAUUAUGCACUGGUGUAGGGCGAUGUGUAAUGACUGGGUGGAAAGGGGAAUAUUUCAUGGCAAAUAGACAGAUUCUUUAAGAGCAUUGACUAAUUUAGAUGUGGAAAUGGACUGCACCAAUACAUAAUAUUGUGAAUGCACUCUAAGAGGGGGGUUUACCUGAUGUUGAAGUAUGCCUGGUUUAAAUCACAGCCUGUGUACUGGUUUAAAUAUGAGGCUGCAGGAUGCUAUGUAACCAUAAUAUCUCUGGUUCAACAACAGACACACAGACAACUGGAAUCCCUGUGAAUACUCACAGAGACACCCAAACCCAGAUGUUGGACCAUGAAGGACAGAAAUAAUGAGCUGCACAGCUGCCUUAACCUGACCCACUGUACUUGUCGAACAUGCUACCAUAUCACAACAUCACUUUAGUGCUAGGUUUUCCAAACUCCAGAGCUUUUCAGUAUUAAAACACGCUAUGAUUUUGGGAAAACCACAUUCACUUACGACAUAGCUUCUAACCUCAAAGCUACAUUUUUGAUUAGAACGCUCGACAUGCAGAACGCAGGCAGAACUUAAAUGAAGGAGUUUACACUUGAGCAGAUGCCCCUUUAAUGAACCAAUGUCCACUGUAAAGCAUUGAAGUGUUAAGUGCUGAUCCAGGAGCACAAAUCCUCACAUUUUUUUCGAUUUUGGACACUGAUCCUCGAGCAGCACUGCAGUUUCAGAUGCUUUUAAAGGCCCAAGCAGGUAGUUUGCGUCUCCAUAAAAUUUUGUCCGCAUAUGUUUCGUGUGUUACUGUGACUAUAACUGAGAAGCCAUAUUGAAACUAUAUAAUCUCUUAUUACUGCAAGUAGAGUUUAUGUUCACUGGUUGUGUCCUUUGCUUUAGUCAGCCUGCCAAGUGUGGUGAUGAAGCAAACAGCAACCAUUAGGCAAAAGAAAGCUGUAUUUUUCUAUUCUUGACUCAAGUUUGGGAGUCUAAUUUUUGCUAUCUUUCUGUCCUCCUCUUACUGUAUCAAUCUUUAGACUGUGGAUUUUUGAGGUAGUCAUGCAGCCACGUCUUAGAAGGAGGCAAAGCAAAUAGCUUUGCUUUUUGUGUGUUUUUUAAUUACAUAUUUUUCUGACUAUCUGCUUUGUUUUUGAUACACUGGGUUGAAUCAGUGAAAAUGAUUUUCUUUUUGAAUUACUCUUCCUAAUUUCCACUGAUAGCUGGACUGUGUAGAAGGUCCACAUUGUUCAUGCUGGAAAUGAAAUAAAUGAUUACUACUUAUUUGUUACCUUCUGUCACUUUUGUUAGCCAUGGACAUUUACACACAUGCAUAAGAGAAAAGAAAAUCUCAGAACACAAGACUUUAAAAAUAUAACCCACAAUACUUUAUUGCCAUUAAAGUCACUGGACAAAAGUUUACAAUAUUAUGUGAAUCACUCUAAUUUUACAGACUGCCAUUUGGUGUCAGAAAUCUUUGGUUUUUGUCUUUGCACAAAGAUGAUAAUCAUUCAGGUUAUUAAAGAUGUUUCAUGAUGGCUGAUUGAUUUAUUGAUCCACAGCUAGCAGAUGUGGUGUGACUGGAUGAUUGUCAUUUCAGCUGUUAGUUAGACUUAGGCUUAUGGUGAACAUCUGAACAACUGAAACAGGCUCCUUAUUUUCUAAAGUAUAAA